GCCUGGCUGAGGGCUGACAGACUCAGGCUACACGUGAUGGUCGGUGCGCGUCACCGAAGCGCUGUCGCUCGCCUGGAGACUGGAGCAGGGCUGACUGACACUGUGUGCAGCAGGCUACUAUUUGAACGUGCCAAGUAAAGGGAACGCAAAACAUGGCUGGUUUGAUGGCAGGUUUCGGUCAUUACACCCACGCCGUCGUUCGGGGAAUCCCUGUGUCCCUGGCCAAAGAAGCGCUGCGGAGCAGCCAGACGGAGGUGGACCUGGCCAAGGCGGUGAAGGAGCAAGAGGCUUACGUCGAGGUCCUGAGGACGAGGCUCGGGCUGGAGGUGGUCGAGCUCCCCGCGGACGAGUCGCUCCCGGACUGCGUGUUCGUGGAGGACGCGGCCGUGGUGUGCGGUGACACGGCGCUCAUCACCAGACCCGGGGCUGAGAGCAGGAGAGGAGAGACGGAGGCAAUGAAAGGGGCUCUGAAGGAUUUAAAUCUGAACAUUGUGGAAAUGACUGAUGAGAAUGCGACACUGGAUGGAGGAGAUGUCCUUUUUACGGGUCGAGAGUUCUUCGUGGGACUUUCCAAACGGACCAAUCAGAGAGGAGCAGAGAUCUUAGCAGAUGCAUUUAAGGACUAUGCUGUUUCCACUGUGCCUGUGCUCGAAGGCCUGCACCUGAAGAGCUUCUGCAGCAUGGGAGGACCAGGCCUUAUUGUAAUCGGCUCCAGUGAACCAGCACAGAAAGCCCUCAAAAUAAUGCAGCAGAUGAGUGACCAUCGCUACGACAAACUGACAGUACCCGACGACCUCGCCGCCAACUGCAUCUACAUGAACCUGCCCAGCAAGGGACACGUGCUUCUACACUGCACAGCAGAGGAGUUUCCAGAGAGUGCAAAGGUGUUUGAGAAGCUGAAGGACCACAUGCUGAUACCCAUGUCCAACUUGGAGAAGGUCAAAGUGGAUGGAGCCCUAACAUGCUGCUCUGUACUGAUCAACAAGAAGGCAAACAUCUGAGCGGGGUCACUCGGGGUCUCUCAGUGCAUGGUAACCACGCGGAGCCUUUAACUAAUCACCAUGGAUCCCAAGGUUUGACCAUCCUGGUAUACAGAGGAGGUGUAGGGAAGUUUAAUGUUGCUGAGGGGCAAAGGGAGUAAUCUGUCUACCCUUUCACUCCAAAACACUAAAAUAAAAUUAAAAGUUUGAAAGAAUAGUUCAGUUGAUUUAAAAUACAAUAUGUUCGUCAAAUUUUCUCCUUAUUAAUUCAUUUGUAUUUUCCAAUAGCAUAUGCUGCUUUACUUGUAUACAAGCUGUUGUCAUUAAUUACAAGUGUGUCUGAUAAAGACCUGAUCCCAGAUCAGAUUAGUCAACCAUGUGCCAUGUUGAAUUUCCCCUUUAACCUGCACAGCAGGUAGAACCACAUUAGUAGAACCACACUUACUUACUGUCCAGUGUUUACAACUCUGAACCACACAGAACAGAGCGCUGGCGACAAACCCAGUGGGACCUGUCAGCUGUUGUCUCUGUACAGUAUGGUCUUACCAACAUUUGACUUCAGAUGUAUUAAUAAUUCAGCUAAUUCAGAAAUCAUUUGGGUACAAAUAAAAAUGAUACAAUUGAUGUGCAUUGUUUAUGGUCACCCUUUUAACUGUGAUUUAAUUUUUCUGUGUGUUUGCUUAUGUAAUGAAUUAUACACUAAUUCUUCAAGAACUGUGUUUUGGAGCAAGUCCUGCUACGAUGUGAUAUAAAAUCUCAAUGUGA